AUGGGUAAAGCUCCAGCAUUUGGCUUCAUUAUUUCAUCAACUCCCUCAUCCUCACUUGCCCGGAACCAGGCUCGUCGCAGUCUGACCCGCGCGGGAUACCAACAAUACCAGACAAGAACCUUCUCUUCAACACCUGCAACGCAACUUCGUGAUCUUUUCCCAGUCAAGGAGACUGAGCACAUUCGCACCACGAAGCCAGCAUGGCCACAUCACGGCUAUACCUACGAAGAGAUGCUUUCUGUGGUCCCUGCCCACCGAGAGCCUCGAGAUGCGGGUGACUGGGCGGCCUGGAAGAUUGUGCGCUUUGCUAGGUACUGCAUGGACAAGGUCACAGGCAUGGACCAGGAACAACAAGUCGACAAGAAGAACCCGACUACUGCUGUGGUAGCCUCAAAGCCUUUGACAGAGGCACAAUGGUUGAUUCGCUUCAUCUUCCUUGAAAGCGUCGCCGGUGUCCCUGGAAUGGUUGGCGGCAUGCUACGCCAUCUCAACAGCCUCCGCGGGAUGAAGCGGGACAACGGUUGGAUCGAGACCCUUCUCGAGGAGAGCUACAAUGAGCGAAUGCAUCUCCUAACCUUUUUGAAGAUGUCCGAGCCUGGCUGGUUCAUGAAGCUUGCAAUCAUUGGCGCACAGGGUUUCUUCUUCAAUUCGCUCUUCGUUGCCUACCUCAUCUCCCCGAAGAUCGUGCACAGAUUCGUUGGAUACCUCGAGGAAGAGGCUGUGCACACUUACACUCGAUGCAUCAAGGAGAUCGAGGACGGCGAGCUCCCCCACUGGACCGACUCCAGGUUCAAGAUUCCCGAGAUCGCUAUCCAGUACUUCCGACUGCCAGAGGAGCACCAGAACAUGAGGGAUCUCAUCCUCUACAUCCGUGCCGAUGAGGCUGUCCACCGCGGUGUCAACCACACAUUGGGCAACCUCGACCAGAAGGAAGACCCCAACCCAUUCGUCUCCCAAUAUAAGGAUCGCGAGCCGCCCAAGCCCGCCCUCGUCCCAGCAGGAUACGAGCGUACUGAUGUCAUCUAA